ACAGCGGCCCACGUGACCGCGGCCCCAACAUGGCGGCUCCCAGCGGCCGCCGGCCGCAGCCCGCGGGGCCGGGCGGGGGCAGCGGGGCCGGGCCCGGCGCUCUGAGGGGCGCCGAGGAGGACGCCGAGGGUCUCUACGUGGCGGUGGAGCGGUGCCCGCUCUGCAACACCACGCGGCGCCGCCUCACCUGCGCCAAGUGCGUGCAGAGCGGCGAUUUCGUCUUCUUCGACGGGAGAGACUCUGAGAGGUUUUCAGACAAGAAAGAAAGGCUGAUGCAUCUUAAAACAAAACAGAGAGAAUUCCAAAAACAUGUUUUGAAGGCCAUGGAAGGGAAAGAAAUAACUGAUCAGCUGAGAUGGAAAAUAAUGUCUUGCAAGAUGAGGAUUGAGCAGCUGAAACAGACCAUUUGCAAAGAAAAUGAUGAAAUGACAAGAUACACAGAGGGGCUGCUGAGGAUUAAAGAGGAGAACCAGAAGCAUUAUCGCAGGGCUCAGAGGCACCAGGAGAAGAAGGAGAAGAUCCAGAGGCACAACAGGAAGCUGGGAGACCUGGUGGAGAAAAAAACCUACGACCUGAAAACGCAGUACGAGCACCUGGCGAAGCUCCGGCGCGCGCACAUCCUGGAGCUGACCUCGGUCAUCUUCCCCAUGGAAGAGGUGAAGACAAGCAUGAGGGACCCUGCAGACGUGUCCUCAGAGAGUGACAAUGCCAUGACCUCCAGCACUGUGAGCAAGCUGGCAGAGGCACGCAGGACCACCUACCUGUCCGGGAGGUGGGUGUGUGACGACCACAACGGCGACACCAGCAUCAGCAUCACGGGGCCCUGGAUCAUCCUCCCCAACAACGGGGACUACUCUGCUUACUACAACUGGGUGGAGGAGAAGAAGACUACACAGGGACCUGAUAUGGAACAUAAUAACCCUGCCCAUACCAUCAGUGCAGCUUUGUGCUAUGCAACUCAGCUCGUUAACACUUUGUCUCUCAUACUUGAUGUAAAUCUUCCCAAGAAGCUCUGCAACAGUGAAUUCUGUGGAGAGAAUCUCAGCAGACACAGGUUCACACGGGCAGUGAAGAAGCUGAAUGCUAAUAUCCUUCACCUCUGCUUCUCUCAGCAUGUAAAUUUAGAUCUGUUGCACCCCCUGCAUACCCUCAGGAACCUCAUGUACCUGGUCAGCCCAGACACCGAGAACUUGGGCAGGUCCGGCCCCUUCGAGAUCAGCGCCGACCUGGAGGACUCCAUGGAGUUCGUGGAGCCCAGCGCGGCGGGCGAGACGGACGAGAGCGGCGACGAGCACGUGAGUGACGAGGAGACGGACCUGGGCACGGACUGGGAGAACCUGCCCAGCCCCAGGUUCUGUGACAUCCCCUCGCAGCAGGUGGAGAUGCUGCAGAGCCAGAGCAGCCAGGUGUCCCAGCCCAUCGCCAGCAGCAGCGCGGGCGGGAUGAUCUCCUCCGCCGCCGCCUCCGUCACCUCCUGGCUCAAAGCCUACACCGGGCACCGCUAGCGGGCACACACCCUCCCCAGCCUUUACCUAUUCAGUUAAGUAGUGCCUGGAACAAAGGAAAGGUCAGACUUCUGUUUUGUAAACCGGAGAAAACCUUUUUAUUUCCCCAAGAUGACUGUGACGGCCCCUUUUGUAAAUUAGCUCCGUGCUCCCGGCGGAUUCUGCGAGGGCACUUCAUGUCUUGGUUCUGUCUGCAUCCAGGAUUGGUAAAGGACCCAGCAACCUCCAGCUCUACUUUCUGAAGCAGAAACAGAUUUUGGAGUGUUUGGAUCAGGAUGAGUGGCUGCUCAGGGCGCGGUCUGGACAGUGGUGCAAAUGCAGUUCCCACUUUCUUAACUCCUUACAGGGUUUUCCUUUGUGUGUGUGUGUUUUAAAUCCGUCUUGCAUAAUGCAAAAAUGCGUAUUUCUAAAUUUUUUUCAUUCAGGACAUGAAAAUUAUGCAUUUUUAACAUGUUUUCUAAUCUCUGUUGCCAUAUUUUUAAUACAAAUGAUCAGCAUGGACAGGGAAUUCACACAGCAAAUUGUUCUUGGUUUAGAUUUGGUUGUGAAUCUUUACCCAGUUUUGCCAUAGCAAACUGGCUUGUUUCAUGCUGUUUCCACUGGUAGGUGUAGAAGUUUUGUGUUGUGCUGAGGCACACAGGCUCUGUACUCUUAAUACCAUACACCAAAGAAACACUGGACAUUCUCUUGCUAGACCCACAUUCGAUGCUGAUACAGAAUUGCAUUGUUGCAAUAAUAUCCAUCGGUUACCACACCAUGUUGCCACUUUUUAGCAUUAGAAAAAAACCCAUUUCAAGCCAGUUUGGUGAAGUCACACACCCUCCACACUACAUGUGUUUUUAACCCUAUUUUAUUGUAUGUUCAUGGUGGAGUUUGUUGUUUACUGACUGCCAAGAAGUUGGUUUGGUUCCCCUGGCACAGCUGGCUCGUGGAACCCCGGGAAGUGGGUGCUGAAUUGGUGAGCAAGGGCUGCUCCUCUUCCUCUGCCUUGCAGGGUGGGACACCCACGAGUGGUUUGCUCAGCAGAGCUUCCAACGUUUACAUUUAGGGCUGGGACAGUUCCCCCACAGGGCCAGCCAAGGGAAGAGCCUCCACCAGGGAGGAUUUCUGCCACUGUUCGUGGAGACAUGGUGCCAGAGGCCACAUCCCUGCCCGAUCCCAGCUCCAGGCUGCCUUCCCCAGCCACCUCACAGGGUGUUUUGUGGUGGAUUUCUCUCUCCCUCUCCAGCCUGGCCAGUGCUGCCCCUGUCCCCAGGUGUGGCAGUGACACCCGUGUGCCACCCACCUUUCCACAGCAGCCGCUUCUCUUCAGCCCUGAGCUGGGCAUCUGUUGUCAGUAGUUUCUUCUAAUUUUUCUUUUUCUCUUUGAUUUUUUUUUAAACCAAAGACCCUUAACUCCAUGCGAGCACCGCGCACGUUGUCAGACAACGUUGCCAGCCUCGCUCCUCUGCUCCUCUGCUCCAAGAGCUGGGUUUGUUUCAGGAGAACAGCCCAGGCCCCUGGGCUGCUGCAGCCUGGUGGGGUCAGUGCCCCAGCCUGACCCCCGGCUCUGGGCUCUGUUGGCUCACAGCACUUUAUCACCCACAGCUCCGAGCAACCAGCACACACCAGUAUUGGAAACUGGGCUCACAGCCCAGCCCCUUCUGCUUCCCCGUGGAUUUUGCACUGGACACUGCCAUCUAAAUACCUUUUUUUGUCGUUUUUUCAUAGGCAUUUCAGUCCCUUUUUCAUUGCUGCCUUUGUGCUUUGAGCCCCGAAGGUCAGGCCGUGACUCGGCUUUGUGCACUGUCACUGAACUUAGGGAAAGAAAAUCCAACACAAUAACUUUUCUAAGCCAUAUACUUCCUAUCCAUGUUUUCCAAAAUAAUUUAUUUGCAAGCGUGUCAUACUCUGAGAGUACAUAAGGGCACCGUGAGGGUGUUCAAAUAGGUUAGGGUGGGGCUUUUCAUGGAACCUUUUUUUGUAACAGAACACAAGGUUGUGGUGGGUUUUUUUAAGUGUUUUGCACAUGUGUAGCUGAGGAAAAAUUGUGUGUGUCCAAACCUCGAGUGCAAUCACCAGGAUUUGUUUCCCAGGUUAUUUUGGGGGGGGGGGUGAGGGAGGGCAGGAAUAUCCAUAAUUAUAAAUAUUUCAAGGCAGCCAGCUGAGAGUUUACAAAACUUUUUUGUGUAGCAUGAACACGGGAAUUUCACUUCAGGCCGGAAUUGUGGUCGUGACCAGUGACCUGGGGUGGCCAAUUUGGGCUGCCAAGGACGAGCCUGAUUUCGGGGGCCCAGCCCUGUGCCGAAAAUCAGGUGCCUGUGCAGGGUCUCGGGUGGGACACCCGGGGUGGCUUUUUCACCUGGGGAAACUCACGGCCCCUCUCUGGCAACUUCCGGACUUAAGAUGUAACUAAACACAAAUGGUUUGGUUUUUUUUUUUGGUUUUGUUUUUUUUUUUUUUCCUUCUAAAUUUUAUUGUAUUAUUGCAAUAAAUCUUUAACAGUAA